AUCUCAAAUGCUAAUAAGAUUGAGGCAAACAGCUAUAAUUGCUGAACACAUACUUUCUCUCUCCUCCAAAACGCCAUUCACACGCCAACUAUAUCAUACAACAUUCCCGCCAUUCCAAUCAAAACUAAGAGCACUAUGCUCCAACGGUCAAUUACAGGAAGCUCUGCUAGAAAUGGCGGUUCAAGGUCUGGAAAUGAAGUUUGAAGGGUAUGAUACCAUCUUAAAUGAAUGUGUCAACAGAAAAUCUCUUAGAGAAGGUCAAAGAGUACAUACCCACAUGAUCAAAACUCAAUAUCUUCCACCAUUGUACCUCAGAACUAGGCUUGUUAUCUUCUACUGUAAAUGUGAUUGUUUGGUUGAUGCACGCUAUGUGUUCGAUGAAAUGCCUGAACGAAAUGUGGUUUCUUGGACUGCUAUGAUUUCGGGGUAUUCACAAAAAGGGUUUUCUUCUGAGGCUUUGAAUCUUUUUGUACAGAUGUUGAGAUCAGGCACAGAACCCAAUGAGUUCACUUUCGCCACUGUUCUCCCUUCUUGUACAGGUGACUAUGGGUUGGAUUAUGGAAGACAGAUCCACUCUCUUAUAGUAAGGUAUAAUUAUGAUUCUCACAUAUUUGUUGGGAGCUCACUUCUUGAUAUGUAUGCCAAGGCCGGAAGAAUCCAUGAGGCUCGAACAGUAUUUGAUAGUUUAAUUCAGAGGGAUGUUGUCUCCUGUACUGCGAUGAUUGCAGGGUAUGCCCAAUUAGGUUUUGAUGAAGAGGCGGUUGAAUUGUUUCGCAAGCUACUGAAGGAAGGGAUGUGUUCAAAUUAUGUUACUUAUGCUAGUCUCCUAACUGCAUUAUCUGGACUUGCUGCUCUAGAUCAAGGCAAACAAGUCCAUAAUCAUAUUUUGAGACAUCAGCUUCCAUCUUAUGUGGUUCUACAGAAUUCGAUAAUUGAUAUGUAUGCUAAAUGUGGGAACCUCGUUUAUGCGAGAAGGGUUUUUGAUAGCAUGCCUGAAAGAAGUGUCAUCUCAUGGAAUGCAAUGCUUGUGGGAUAUUGUAAACAUGGGAUGGGGUCAAAGGUGAUUGAACUUUUCACAAUGAUGAGAGCAGAAGGCAAAGUCAAACCUGACAGAGUAACUUUCUUGGCCGUUUUAUCUGGUUGCAGCCAUGGUGGAAUGGAAGACACUGGACUAGAAAUUUUUGAUGAGAUGGUAGUACAGAAAGAUGGGCUAGAGCCAAAUAUAGAGCAUUAUGGCUGUGUUGUUGAUUUACUUGGUCGUUCUGGGCGAUUAGAACAGGCUUUGAAGUUCAUUGAUGAGAUGCCUUUUAAACCAACAGCUGCCAUUUGGGGAUCUCUAUUAGGUGCAUGCAAGGUUCACUCGAAUUUAGAUGUUGGAGAAUAUGUGGGUCGUCAACUUCUAGAAAUAGAGCCUGAAAAUGCUGGAAAUUAUGUCAUUUUAUCUAAUCUAUAUGCCUCUGCAGGCAGAUGGGAAGAGGUAAGAAAUCUGAGGGAAUUGAUGAAAGAAAAGGCUGUGAGUAAGGAGCCAGGAAGGAGCUGGAUUGAGCUUGAUCAAACUCUUCACACUUUCCAUGCUAGUGAUCGGUCCCAUCCUAGGAAAGAUGAGUUUCACAUGAAAGUAAAGGAAUUGGCAGUUCGAUUAAAGGAAGCUGGUUAUGAACCUGAUCUUAGUUGUGUUUUACAUGAUGUUGAAGAUGAGCAAAAGGAGAAGAUACUUCUGGGGCAUAGUGAAAAGCUGGCUUUAGCCUUUGGGCUUCUAAGUACUUCUGAAGGAACCCCACUUAGAGUUAUAAAGAACCUCAGAAUCUGUGUUGAUUGCCACAAUUUUGCCAAAAUCAUCUCAAAGCUCUAUGGAAGAACAGUCUCUUUAAGGGAUAAAAAUCGCUUCCAUCAUAUUAAAGGUGGCAUCUGUUCUUGUGGAGAUUAUUGGUGAUGUCCUGAAAACAUUAUUGGUAGAUCUCAGUUUAUCUCCUUGAGCUUCAAUAUCUCCAUAAGAUUGACACAAUUCUUGACAGUGACAUGGGAACCUGAACAAAUUUUAUCAGAAAAAAUUUACUGCAAACAAUUAGGUUAACUAGGAAAAAUACAGGUGAUUUCUUCGGUAGAGUUAGAUCAUCACUCGAGUAUGUAGGAAGCAUAAAAAUACUUGAGAGGUUUUUGGCAACUUUGUUCAAUCAAAUCUUAUGCAACUUAGCUCAAUCUUUUUGUAGUAUACAAGAUACUUGUAUAAAAGAUGAUGAGUUUAGCAUUAGGCCAUUUACUAUACUACUAUGUAUUUUACACUUGAUUGAAUUUGCUUGUUCCCAGCUGCAAGCUGCAAUUUUUAGCCUAUAACGACAUAACAAUUGUUGUAUUAGACUUGUACACUAUGAUGGUCUACGCCAUUUCUCUCUCUUGUUCUCCUUUACCAUACACGACAAAUCAACUCGUCCAGCAUAUUGCCUAUAAAUAAUUAUGGAUCACUUUAAAAAGACCCCCCCCCCCCAAAAAAAAAAAAAAAAAAAACACAAAUUAGAGAUCUUUCCAUGUAAAAAUUAGUACUUCAAAUAAUCAUCUUAACUCUAACAUCAAUAUUUUAUCUUUUGAUUUAUGGGCAAGCCACAGUUACUCAAAUCGAGUAACAAAAUCCGCGGUGAAAUGAAAUUUUGGAUCUUAUGAGCAACUUGCGAAAUGUUUUAAUGUUUUACUCUUUUUACAUGCUGACUUACCUUCUCUCUCCCGUCUUCUUCAACAUGCCUUCUUCCUUACUCCUUUCUCAUUACCAGUGGCGAAUGAACUCUAACACUACAACAAGCACCAUGCCGAAUACCACCUUCUUCGGCGGCUUGAUGAAUUUAAUGAUCUAUAAAGUAUACUAAUUAAGGACAUGUUUGAAGAGUAAAUACAAAUUGGAGGUACUAACGACUGCCAAAAGUUGCAUAAGGUACUAACGUUUAAGAAGUUGCACAAAAGGUACUGAAUCUGUUACAGGAGGUAAAGAAUCCGGUUGCAGCUUGUUAAAACCGGUUACUUUUAUUUUUUGGUUUUAAAAAAAAGGGGAAAAAAAAGCGUGACGUGUAUUUUGGGAAACGAAAAAACCAUCAUUACCUUUCUAACGUUGGCGCGAGAAUUAGAAAGGUGAAUGCCUUUUAUUUUCCCUUCACCCCAUUGGCUUCCCUCGUCAUUUCUUUUUAUAGGGAAAAAACAGAGCUCUCCCUUUCACUCAAAAAAAUCUUCCUUCCCCUUCUAGCUCAACGCCAUUAAUGUGGGAAUUCGGUGAAGAAACAUCAUCUAAGGAAGCUAAAUUACAGCAGCUGCAAUCAUUUGAAGGUAUAUUCUUUUUUUUUUUUUGUCUUCAUCUGCUUUAUUUCGGCAUUAAUGGGGGUUUUUUGUACAGAAUUGUGGGUUUAUUUUGUUUUUUUGGGUGAAUUUUGCUUUUUAUGAUUUUGGAUGUUGUUUGUUGUCAUCAUCUGGUAAUUUUAUUUUGUCUGAUUUUGAAAAAUGGGUAUAUUUGGGUUGAAUUUCUGGAAAUUUUCUAGGGUUUUGUUGUUAGUGAAACAGAGUAGUUUUUGUAAGUGAAACAAACCUUAUCUAACUACAUGCUUGACUUAGGUAUGGACGCUCUUUCUGAAGCUCACCCAAUUUUCAGCAACCCCGACCUCCUUGCCCUCCAUGUCUUCCCCAAGCUAGAUUAGCUUAGUCAGGAUACUGUUAAGCAGGUCUGCAAGAAAUGGCGUCUGUGGUGGAUGACUCGCCACCUGGAAAACCUCCAACCCUUUACGGGACCUAGGGCCUCUGUGAACGAGUGGGUUCUAAAAGACCUGAUCUUCAACGACGGCCGGGACUUAAAUGCUUGGCUGAACAAUGACAUGAGAGCCAACUUUGAUGGGUUCCCUCUAUUGUUCAAGGAGGAGCAGUAGGUUGUUGUGUUAGGUUGGGAGGAGGGCUAUGUGCAGCUUGAAGGUUUUUGGUGUUAUGAGCUGCUAGUGUUAAGCUUUUUCUGUUUUUUAGUUUAGUUCAAGAUGUUCAUGGUAGAAAUUCAAUGUCAUGGUAGGGAAGUUUUUUGUGUUGGUGACAAAUCAUGCAUCAUCUUUUGGGAUUUGUCACUACCAUGACUGUAACACCCUAGAAAUUCCUUCCUUUUAAAA